UGUAUGCAUACUGUAGUUUCACACGCCAACUCAAAAUAGUGGUCGCAACGAGCAGAAACUUCAAACUUGAGUUAGAAACCUGAAAAGAUGAAUGGGACGGAAGCUCCCAGUUUUGCUUCAGCAGCGCUGAUGUUCAACUCGGUAGAGUACUCUGUACUCUGUUCCAUGCUGCUGCUCUCUCUGCUGGUCGGAGUGUACUACGGUUGGUGUGAGAAACAGGACACGGUGGCUGAGUACUUGCUGGGAGGGAAGAAAAUGUCCGCUUUUCCUGUUGCAAUGUCCCUUACCUUCAGUCACGUUUCUGGCGUUAGUCUGAUCGGGAUACCAGCAGAAAUUUACUCCUACGGGACUCAAUAUUUCAUCAUGAGUGUCACCUUCGGGAUCAUGUACUUCAUAGUGGUAAACAGCUUCCUUCCGGUGUUUUUCCAUCUCCAGCUCAAUUCGAUAUACGAGUAUUUGGAACUUCGAUUCAGUAAAGGAACGAGGACUUUAGCUUCUUUAUUAUUUGCGCUGUCCUUGAUAUUAUUCAUGCCUGUUGUUAUCUACUUCCCGGUGAUGGCUUUUAAUCAAGUGACGGGGGUCUCAAUAUACAUAAUGACGCCCAUCAUAUGCAUCAUCUGUGCUUUCUACACUUCUAUUGGUGGCCUGAAGGCGGUGGUAUGGACAGACCUGUUACAAAGUGCCUUCACAGUUUUAUCCAUUAUCUUCAUCAUGGUCCUGGGAUUUCUGAAGAUUGGCAGCAUAUCAGAGGUGAUCAGGAUCAAUGAAGAAGGGCACAGGCUGGAGUUAUUCAACAUGGAUUUGAGUCCUUUUGCACGUAACACGUUCUGGUCCAUUUGCUUUGGAUCCGUAUUCAACUGGUUAAGUCACGUGGGUGUUCACCCCGGCACUUCUCAGAGAUUUGUCGCCGUAUCAACUGUCAAGGAGGCCAGAUCGUACGUAUAA